AUGACCGAAGAAGCUCAAACAUACCUUUCUUCCUCGACCUCCUCCCCCAUGUCUAGCAAGCAAAUAUCACAAGUAUACAAGCAGGCUUCACAGCUCUUCCUCACUCGCAGACUCCAAGAAUCUCUCUCGUUGCUUACACCGAUCAUUACACCGUCGAGAAGCCAGGAAAAUGGGCAGCAGAACACAGAGGGCGACGGUCCUUCAACACCGCUCGCACCAGUUGCAACAGCUUCCGCAAACCUGAAGAUCAAAAUAUGGAACCUAUACAUCACAAUACUAAGUGCCAUUGUUGACCUUGGGCCCGAGGAAGGGAGAGAACAGUUUGGCCAAAAGGAAUGGAAAGCUAUUGCAACCAAGGUCAGAGAAGGCGAGGUUUGGGAGACGGUGGUGAGCCUAGGGUACCAAGGAAGAGAAGGAUCCGUGGACGCCGACAUUGUCUACAACCUGGCUACUCUUCUCUUGAACCAUUCGGCGUCCCAGAAAUUAAAUCAAGAACGACUUGAGACGUACCUAUCCUCUUACGGCCAGCCGGAUCUAGAUGUCUCCGCGCACAUGCAGCACAUGUCCUCUGGUAAAAGGAAACAGCGGAUGGCCUCUGCUGCAGGAACAGAUACUCCAAAGGACCUAGCGGUGCGAGUCAAGCUGCUAGAGAUGUUCACAUUACAUGUUCUUCCUCGAAACGAGGAAUGGGAAUACGCCCGGGAGUUUAUCAAUCUCAGCGAAGCCUUAGAUGAGGAUAGAAAGGAGGCGUUUAUUCAGACCUUGGAUAACCUACUGGAAGAAAAGGAGAAGGGAGCACAACGGGCCGCUGAGAUACAACAAGAGAAAGAAGAAGAACUUGAGCGGCAGCGGAAACAGCGAGAGGACGAAGAAAGACAACGAGCUGAAGAAGAGAAGAAGAAACAGGAGCGGGAACACAAGCAGAAACAACAACAAGAAACAUCGGGUGGGAAUUCGACGAGCAACCACAAAAGAUCAACCAGUGAAGUGGACUAUGGGAUUGAAAAAUCGAAUCCGAAUUCGCCUAUGAAAUCUCGAGUUGUUAAACCAGCAUUGAAGAAAACCCAGCCAUCAGAACCAUCUUCGGUCAAAGAAACGAAGAAGAGCACCACCGGGAAACCGCAACCUCUUGUGCUUGCACGUAUGAAAGUACUAGCGAAGCUACUUGUCACCUUUAUGAAGAACCUAUCUCGAUCACUUGUCUCGAACCCACUAUCAUACUUGAAAUCCCUUCUUGUUGUUUUGGGCGUUCUCAUGGCGUUGGGAAGAACGGAUGUUCGAAACCGCAUUCGUCAAGUCACCGGAGCCAGCUGGCAGAAGGUCAGGGGUACUAUUGGAAUGGGCGUUAAGGUCAGCUAUAUCUAA